CGCACCAGUCUCUCAUCCCAAAACGACAAUUCUUUCCCGCGUACCACAAGUCCCGACAUUGCAGACUUCAUUUCAGCCACUCCUCGUCCACGUCGCCCAUCCACCUCAAGCCGUCUUUCACGUGCAUCUACCCGCGUCUCGCGCUCCUCAACCUACUCCACGCAAUCCGCCGCUCGUCUCUCCACCUCUGUCUCUCGUCUCGCCCAGUCCGCAUCUGGCACCUUGCCCCUCCGAAGACAUACGGGCGACGACCUGCCCCGACCUCGCAGAAUCAGCGAUGCUGCAGACAACGGACCUGCUUCAGGUCUCCCCUAUUUACAGGAAGACUCGUUGGGGUCUGAUUUUGGUGUCGUCGACUCAACAAUGCGAAAGCAGUCUUUGGAUACUUUAGGUAGUACAGACUCCGUGUUCCGCCCCAUGUCCGACCGCCGCCUGACAGACCAGUUCGACGACGCUCUGGAAAAAAAGCGCAAUAGUGCUUACGAUGCAGAAGAUGGCCAUAACUCGGAUUCUAGCAUUGACUUGCAUACUCCUCUUCCGUGA